AUGGGAAGUCUAGAUGAUGACAAUUUGCCUAGGAAACAAACACAUAAGAGCAUCAAUGAUCAAACCAAGUACAAACUCAAAGUACUAGUCCUUAUAAUCCUAACAAAUCUUCUUACAAUUUACAUCUUUACUAGUCCUUCCCUCAACUUGCAUCCUAUUUCAAGAAAUGAUUCUUUUUCAGAUUCUACUUCCCUCUUGCAUGAGCUCAAUGCCACUAUGAAGCAACUCGAAACGAGUCGAUCACAGAUCCUAGUUUUGCAUCAACAGCUCAAGUCUACUAACCAACUUGUCAAAGAACUUCUAGCUCAACUCAACAUCCUCAACCAGUCCAUAAACAGAACAACAGAUUCCACCUUGUUGAACUUCAAUGAUCUUCUUGAUGAUUUGUCGAAUGAAGCUAAGCUUGCUUUAGGCCCUCACAAGCUUCCGCUCGGGUACUCACCAAAAUCAGGCACUGAUGAGGUUUAUGCCUCGGUUGGAGGAGGUUGUCUGAGUUAUAAAGAAGAUUUGGCACAGUACAUGACGUAUCGCGUUGGGAAGGAGUGUCCUGUUGAUGAUGUUUACGCGCAAAGGCUAAUGCUCAAGGGAUGUGAACCACUUCCAAGAAGGCGGUGCCAUCCUAAGGCGCCUGUUGGUUAUGUCGAACCAACUCCAUUGCUGAAAAGCCUGUGGUCCACGCCACCAGACACAAGUAUUAUUUGGGAUCCAUAUACUUGCAAGAACUACACUUGUUUGAUCGAAAGAAGGAAGUUUCCAGGAUCCUAUGAUUGUAAAGACUGCUUUGACCUGCAAUUUAGAGAGAAAAAAAGGUGGCAAUAUGAUAAUGGAGGUCUUGAUUUUGGGAUGGAUCAGGUUAUGGCAACAAGACCUAAAGGCACAAUCCGCAUUGGACUUGAUAUAGGAGGAGGAGCGGGCACAUUUGCUGCUAGGAUGAAAGAAAGGAAUGUAACCAUAGUCACGACUUCCAUGAAUUUGGAUGGUCCUUUCAACAGUUUCAUUGCAUCCAGGGGCUUGAUAUCAAUGCAUGUUGGCGUCUUCCAGAGGCUUCCUUUCUUCGAGAAUACUCUGGAUAUUGUGCACUCUAUGCAUAUCCUGAACAACUGGAUCCCGGAUACCAUGCUUGAGUUCACUCUGUAUGACAUAUAUAGAGUUUUGAGGCCUGGAGGAUUGUUCUGGUUGGACCACUUCUUCUGCCUAGGAUCACAGUUGAAUGUAACUUAUGUUCCUAUGCUGGAGCACGUUGGAUUCAAGAAACUGAGGUGGAAUGCUGGCAUGAAGUUUGACCAAGGGAUCGGUAAGAAUGAGUGGUAUUUCUCUGCUUUGUUGGAGAAACCAAUGUCAUAA